AGUUGUUUCCCCGAGGAGUCAAACCUGGACUGUGGUGCUUGGAGUGCGGUUGCUUCUGAUACUGUGACCAUGGGCGGGAAGAACAAACAGCGGACCAAGGGGAACCUGAGGCCUUCAAACAGUGGCCGAGCUGCCGAACUCCUUGCCAAAGAACAGGGAACGGUGCCUGGAUUUAUUGGUUUUGGAACAUCUCAUAGUGACCUUGGCUAUGUACCUGCCAUUCAAGGGGCUGAAGAAAUAGACAAUCUUGUUGAUUCUGAUUUCCGAAUGGUGCUGCGGAAACUUUCCAAGAAAGAUGUUACAACAAAAUUAAAAGCAAUGCAGGAAUUUGGAACAAUGUGUACAGAGAGAGAUACAGAAGUUGUAAAAGGAGUUCUUCCAUAUUGGCCAAGAAUUUUCUGUAAAGUUUCACUUGAUCAUGACCGCCGGGUUCGGGAAGCCACACAGCAAGCUUUUGAGAAACUCAUCCUUAAAGUAAAGAAACACUUGGCUCCCUACUUAAAGAGUUUAAUGGGUUAUUGGCUGAUGGCUCAGUGUGACACAUACACACCAGCUGCAAGUGCAGCAAAAGAUGCAUUUGAAGCAGCUUUCCCCCCAAGCAAGCAACCUGAAGCCAUCGCGUUUUGUAAGGAUGAAAUUACAAAUGUACUUCAUGAUCAUCUUCUAAAAGAAACCCCUGACACACUCAGUGACCCACAAACUGUUCCAGAGGAAGAAAGAGAAGCUAAAUUCUAUCGAGUUAUAACUUCUUCCUUAUUGGCCUUAAAGAAAUUACUUUGCCUUUUGCCAGAUAAUGAACUUGAUUCUCUAGAGGAGAAAUUUAAGGUUCUUUUGUCGCAUAAUAAGUUUUGGAAGUAUGGAAAACACAGUAUACCUCAGAUUCGCUCAGCUUAUUUUGAAUUGGUUUCCACAUUGUGCCAGCGUAUUCCACAGCUGAUGAAAGCAGAAGCAUCCAAAGUGAGCCCGUCUGUCUUACUUAGUAUUGAUGAUAGUGACCCCGUAGUAUGCCCAGCACUCUGGGAAGCUGUCCUUUAUACACUGACCACCAUUGAGGACUGUUGGAGUCAUGUAAAUGCAAAGAAAAGUGUGUUCCCCAAGCUGUCCUCUGUGGUUCGUGAAGGUGGUCGAGGCCUGGCUACUGUGAUAUAUCCUUAUCUUCUGCCAUUUAUCAGCAAACUACCACAGUCUAUUACAGAUCCAAAGUUAGAUUUCUUCAAACAUUUCCUAACCUCUCUGGUUGCAGGGUUAUCAACAGAAAGAAUCAAAACCAGCUUUUCCGAAUGCUCAGCUGUAGUAGCUGCUUUUUUUGAGUGCUUACGUUUUAUAAUGCAGCAAAACCUAGGCGAAGAAGAGAUGGAAAAGAUGCUUGUUGAUGAUCAGUUGAUCCCUUUUAUUGAUGCAGCUCUCAAAGAGCCAAAAUUUCAAAAUGGGCAACUAUUUAACCACUUAGCAGAAACUUUAAGUUCCUGGGAAGCCAAGGCAGAUACAGAAAGAGACAAUAAAACAGCUCGCAACUUGGAGAAUGUGCUGUUAAAUUUCUGGGAAAGACUGUCAGAGAUAUGUGUUGAGAAAAUUAAUGAGCCAGAAGCUGACGAUAAGUCCGUUUUAGGUGUAUCUAGCCUAUUACAGGUCCUUCAGAAACCAAAGAGUGCAUUGAAAUCAAAUAAAAAAAAAGUUGGUAAGGUUAGAUUUGCUGAUGAGGUACCUGAAAAUACUAAAGAGCAUGAAAAAGGUGUGUCUUCAGAAGGAGAGAACAGCGAAGGCUCUGAAGCAGUAACUGAACCUCUUCCUCGUGCCCCUACAGAUCUUGUGUCUCCUUUGAGGAAAAAACCUUUGGAAGACUUAGUCUGUAAACUAGCAAAGAUGAGUAUUAAUUAUGUCAAUGAACAAACAUCAGAGCAACAUCUCAAGUUUCUUUCUGCUCUACUUAGCACAUUUUCUUCAAGCCAGGUAUUUAAAGUGCUCCUAGGUGAUGAAAAGCAAGGUAUUGGCAAAGACAAAUCUCCUGAAAUAGCUAAACUUGCCCAAAAAAAUCCUGCAGUACAGUUUUUAUACCGGAAGCUAACCAGUUGGCUAAAUGAAGAUCAAAAGAAGAAUUCUGGAUUCCUGGUGGACAUGUUAUACAGUGCCCUCUGUUGUUGUGACAAUAAUAUGGAAAGAAAAGAUGUCUUGGAUGAUUUAACACAGACAGAGCUGAAAUGGGAUUCUCUUCUUCAAAUUAUUGAAAAGGCAUGUUCUUGUGCAGAUAAACAUGCUUUAGUAACUCUCUGGCUGAAAGGAGAUUUCCUUGGAGAGAAAUUGGUAAACAUGACAGUUCAUCUGUGCAAUAUGAGCUUGGAAUCCACGGUAUCUUCAGAAUCUUACUACUCAGAAAGAUGGACCCUUCUAAGCUUGGUAUUAUCCCAGCAUAUUGAAAAUGAUUACUUGAUUGGAGAAACAUAUGUUGAAAGAAUUAUUGUUAAGCUUCACGAGACUUUAUCCAGAAAAACAAAGACAUUGGUGGAAGCUGACAGUAAUGACUCAGUAGUGUCUUAUAUCUGUGAUGUGUUCUAUAGUUAUUUCAGCUCAGCAAAAGGAUGUUUGUUAAUGCCAUCAUCUGAGGAUUUGUUGUUAACACUCUUUCAGUUAUGUGCUCAAAGCAAAGAGAAAACACAUUUGCCAGAUUUUCUUAUCUGUAAACUGAAAAAUACGUGGCUGGCUGGUGUAAAUUUCUUGGUCCGUGAAAUUGACAAUACAUAUAAGCAGAGUACUUUCCUACAUAUGUCUAAAGUUUGGCUCAAGAACCAAGUUCAGUCUUCAUCUCUGGAUACCAAAAGUCUUCAAGUCCUCUUGUCUACUGUGGAUGAUUUCCUGAAUAAGCUCCUAGAGAGUAAAGAUACUGAUCUUCUGGGAGUUUAUAUUGGAAGUGUUAUGCCAAACGACAGCGAAUGGGAACAUAUGAGAGAGUCUCUUCCUAUACAGUGGUUGUACAGGCCUCUUUUAGAAGGAAGAUUGAGUUUGAAUCAUGAAUGUUUCACUACUGAUUUUAAGGAACAUGAUAUAAAGACUAUUCCUAGCCAUUUGUGUACUUCUGCAUUGUUGAGCAAAAUGAUCUUAGUGGCAAUGAAGAAGGAAGUAGGCCUAGAAAAUAUGCUUGAGAAAAUAAUUGCAGAACUACUCUACUCACUGCAGUGGUGUGAAGAAUUAGACAAUCCACCUAUUUUUCUAACUGAAUUUUGUGAAAUGCUUCAGAGAAUGAAUAUUACAUAUGAAAACUUAUGUGCACUUGGAAAUACAUCUGGUCUUUUGCAGCUGAUAUUCAACAGAUCCAGAGAAAGUGGCACCCUUUGGUCUCUUGUUAUUGUUAAGUUGAUAUCCUCUCAACGCAUUACAUCUGAGGAGGUAAAAAAACAAUAUAGAAGAGCAGAGAACAGUUUUUUCCCACUUACAGAAGGUAAUUUACAUACUACUCAAUGUCUCUGUACAUUAUUGUUAAAAGAAGAAAAGAAAAAAUUCAUUGCUGAAUGUAUACCUGCACUUUUGGCCUGGCCUAAGGAUGAUCUUUACCAUAUUGAUGGAGGUUUUGGUUAUUUUGCCAUUUUCAAUUCUUCUCUGCAAGUCAAAAGCAUAGAUGAUGAAGAAUUGUUACAUGAUAUUUUAGAAGUAAUAAUGUCUUGGAAGAAAAAGUAUGACGAUGUUUUUCUCUUCAGUUGUAAUCUGUUAGAUGUAAGGCAAGAGACACUGGGUAUAAAUAUAGAAAUAAUCCGGUUUCUUUCCCUGUUCCUGAAAUACCGAUCAUCUCCUUUGGAGGAAAGUGAGUGGGAUUUCAUCAUGUGUUCCAUGUUGGCUUGGUUGGAGACAGCAGUUGGAAAUCAGGCAUUAUAUUCUCUUCCACUUGUACAACUGUUUGCCUGUGUCAGCUUUAGUUUGGCCUGUGAUCUCAGUGUAUUUUUUGAUUCCACAACUCUGGAUACUGCUGGCAAGCUUCCAGUAAAUCUCAUCAGCGAAUGGAAAGAGUUUUUUUCUCAAGGCAUCUGCAGUUUGCUUUUACCUCUUUUUAUGACUAUUACAGGCAACAAAGAUCUGUCUGAAACUUCCUUUCAGAAUGCAAUGCUGAAGCCCAUGUGUGAAACAUUAUCGUAUAUAUCAAAGGAGCAGCUGAUAAAUUACAAACUCCCUGCAAAAUUUGUUGCUGGCCAAAAAACGAAUUUACCAGAACAUCUCCAGACUUUGUUAAAUACCUUGGUCCCAUUACUCCUCUUCAGAGCUAGACCUGUGCAAAUUGCCGCUUACCAUAUGCUUUACAAAUUGAUGCCUGAAUUACCACAAUAUGAUCAGGAUAAUCUCAAGUCAUAUGGAGAUGAGGAAGAAGAGCCAGCCUUGUCACCACCAGCAGUAUUGAUGUCUCUUCUUAGUACGCAAGAGGAUUUGCUGGAAAAUGUUUUAGGGUGUGUUUCUGUUGGGCAGAUAGUAACUAUUAAGCCACUGAGUGAGGAUUUCUAUUACGUUCUGGGCUACCUUCUCACAUGGAAGUUAAUACUUACCUUCUUCAAAGCUGCUUCAUCUCAGCUUCGGGCCCUGUAUUCGAUGUACCUUCGGAAAACAAAGAGUUUGAAUAAACUGCUCUAUCAUUUAUUCAGACUUAUGCCAGAAAAUCCAACUUGCGGAGAGUCAGUUAUUGAGUUCUCAAAUAAGGAUCCUAAAACAUUCUUUACUGAAGAGCUCCAUUUGAGGAUUAGAGAAACAUCAGCUCUUCCAUACCAAAUUCCACACUUGGCUUGUUCAGUCUAUCAUAUGACAUUAAAAGACUUGCCCGCUAUGGUUAGAUUGUGGUGGAAUAGCAGUGAGAAGCGUAUUUUCAAUAUUGUGGAUAGAUUUACAAGCAAAUAUGUCAGCAAUGUGCUUUCUUUUCAAGAAAUAUCUUCUGUGCAAACAAGUACACAACUGUUUGAUGGCAUGACGGUUAAAGCUCGAGCUACCACUCGAGAAGUAAUGGCUACCUACAGUAUAGAGGACAUAGUCAUUGAACUUAUAAUACAACUGCCUUCAAAUUACCCCCUGGGUUCAAUAACAGUGGAAAGUGGGAAAAGAAUUGGAGUGGCUGUGCAGCAGUGGCGGAACUGGAUGCUGCAGUUAAGCACUUACCUCACCCAUCAGAAUGGCAGUAUUAUGGAAGGCUUAGCAUUAUGGAAGAAUAAUGUUGAUAAACGUUUUGAAGGUGUUGAAGAUUGCAUGAUCUGUUUUUCAGUCAUACAUGGUUUCAACUAUUCUCUUCCCAAAAAAGCCUGUAGAACAUGCAAGAAAAAGUUCCAUUCAGCCUGUUUGUAUAAAUGGUUUACAUCUAGCAACAAAUCUACUUGUCCCCUAUGUCGUGAGACCUUUUUCUAG